AUGUCCCUCUUGCAAUCACUCUUGGAUUCUUUCACAAUUUUCGACUCAGAAUCCGGCAACACUCGCAUGGAUUGGAAGGAGACCUCGAGCUCCCACGUCUUCCAAAUUGAUCUUCCUGGCGUUACGAAAGAGGACGUGAAGCUUGAAGUGCAUGAAGGCAGAGUGCUUCACGUUAGUGCAGAGAGAAUGGAAGAAGAGCCUCCUGCCGGGGAUCAGAAGAUUAAGGAGACGUGGCACUGCAGGGAGAGGACAAGAGGCAGAUUUUCGAGGCAUUUCCGGUUGCCUGAGAAUGCCAAGAUUGAUGAGAUUAAGGCUGCAAUGCGUGAUGGGGUAUUAGUCAUUACAGUGCCAAAGGAGGACUUGAAGAAAAAGCCUAAACACAAAGAAGUUGAAAUCUCCGGGGAUGAGGAGCACGUCUCUAAAGGAAUUGGUCGUUUUGUUUGCUGCAAAGCUUAGAAAGCAUAACACCGUGUGACCAUUUGAAUCAGUGUGUGCUGCAUGUAUAAGAUUCCAUGUCGGAGCACAUCACCUGUGCCCAUUUUUCAUGUGCCAAUUAUGUGCCCCCAUUCAUGUUAUGCCACAUAUUUCUUCAUUUGAUGCAAAAUUAACGCC